AAGAAUAAUAAUAAUAAUUGCCCCAAGAAAACAACAAAUACAACGAUAAUAACAGUUCGCGAAUGUUUUUAGCACAAAGAAGUUUAUUGCCACUAACUACACAAGUUCUACAAUUACGUGAGGCAUUUCGACGCGCUUUUGUUGUGGGGAUGGCUAAUCAGAGCAGUUUCAAAAUCAAUGAAGUAGAUGGUGAUCUCUUCUCGGCACCCAAAACCCAUUCUCUGGCCCAUUGUGUGGGUGCCGAUUUGGCCAUGGCCGCUGGCAUAGCAGUGAAAUUCAAGCAAGUCUUUGGCAAAGUGGAGGAAUUACGCUCCCAGAAGGUAACUAGCGGCGGUGUGGCCAUAUUGAAAGAGGAUGAGCGUUAUAUCUACUAUUUGGUUACUAAAGCUCAGAGUUAUGGUAAACCCACCUAUGAAUCACUUCAAGCAUCAUUGGAACAGAUGCGUGAGCACAUGCGUAAAAAUAAUGUACAAUCGUUGGCCAUACCGCGUAUUGGAUGUGGCAUCGAUGGCUUGGAAUGGGACAAGGUUAGCGCUUUGCUGAAGCAAGUUUUUGAGUGUGAAAAAUUGGAGAUUGUCGUCUACAAUUUUGUGCCGCCGCCGCCGCCAUCACAAUAAUUUUUAAUUGUAUAUUUAUUUUAUUUCUCUGGCUUGUAAUUAUAUACAAUCAAUUCAA